GGGUAUGUGAUUUAUCAGAGUUCUCCUGGUGUAGCAAUAUCUUACCAGCAUGAGGGUACUAACAGCAGUAUUAUUCCUAGCAGCUUUUGUUGCGAUCAACGCGGAGAUCAGAUUGCCCGACCCAUCGUGGGCAGUUGAAGUGAAACCAGACCCAACAAAAAGGCGGUUGUUAGAGCUAAACAACCCCCUAGCCCUCGUCGGUGAUGAUAUUGUCUGUAACAAGAUCUUCUCCUGUGCCGAUUGCUCCACCAGCAGAGUCUGCCAUCCUAAAGACGAUGGCACUCUUGUCCACUUAACUGACAUCACUUGCCCUGAAGACCGUCCUUAUUGCGAUUCCGCUUCGGGCACAUGCCUCAGCACCGCAUCCUUGGACUGUGGAGCUGAGGACAACUUCGUUUGUCUUGAGAAGAACGCUUUCUUCCCAGAUCCGGAUUGCAAAAAGUUCCACUACUGUAACGAAAAGUUCCAAUCCAAAUUAUUUAAGUGCAUCGGCGAUGGAACUGUCUACAACGCCGCUCAGAAGCGGUGUGUAACCCAGACCGAUUCGAGCUCCUGCGGUAAGUUCAAUUGUGACGGAAACACGUUGAAGAAGAUGAAACACUCUAACUUCCCAAGAUAUUACGCCAUGUGCAAGACCGAAGAGAACAUUGAUCAGCCUCUUGUUGUUGGUGUAUGUCCUCCUUACUACGAAAUCGGCGUAAACAGUCAGGUUUGUGAACCGGACUGCCAGGCCCAUGGCAACGGUAAUGUCCCGGACGCCACCGAUUGCCACAAGUACUUCACCUGCUCAGAGACCAAACUCGCAGACGGAAGGGUCUACAUGCAAAGAACCUCCAAAUCCUGCCCAACAGGAAACUCUUUCGACACAUCACUCUUCAUGUGCGUUCCUGAUCCAAACAAACAAAUCUGCAAUAAGUAAUAAUUCACGUCCUAUGCUCUAAAUCGCAGUUGUAUCCAUACUAAAUAUAUCUUAUUGAAUAAUAUGUUUAUAUUGUAACUCUAUUUUAUUUAUUUGAAUAAAUUUUAUUAUUUUUUCUAAAUUAUUUUUUUCAUCCAAAGUAUUUUGGCGAGUCAUGGUAAAGAAAUUAACCAUCAACCAAUACAAGUAAAUUAUAAAUAAUCUUAGGAUGUGGCAUUAAUUAUACAACAAAAUGUCAAAUGUUUAAAUGCAGUUGGAUGAUUUUCUGUAAUUACUUUAAAAGAAAAAUAUGAAAGUUGCCUUGUAAGGAUCGAAACUUGAAAAUAAAACUGCUAU